AUGUCGAAUUCUUUGGAAACAGUGUUAGCAUUGUUUGAGAAACAACUGCAGUGCUACAAAGAGCGGGUCUGGGAGGGCGUCCUCAACUUUAAACCAUGUUGGUUCGAGAAAAUUACAAAAGAAAAAAUUGGUGAAAGCAGAGAUGUUACUGACGAUCAACUCGGAGUCGUUUUGUGUUUGUUUCAUUCCAAAUUGGAAAGAAUCACGGAAGAAGAAGAAUCGUUGUUGAUUCGACAUUUUAUUUCUGUAGAAAAGUUCUAUGAGCUGUUCAUAAAAAUUCAUGACUUCUUUUACGACCAGUACUCGAGAAAAGAUUUAGUGAAGGAAAACCUAAACUUCUUUGUAGGAAUUGAUAAGGAAACUCAGCAUGGAAGGAUAAUUCACAAGGACACCUACCUCGAGGCGCUGGCAAACAAUCGACACUACAGACUGCCUUACCUGAAGAACAAGUUCUCCGACGACAAAUGCACAAUCUGUCGCGAACAGUUUGAAGAACAUUCAUUUGUUCACAGAACGAAAUGCAGUCAUGCAUUCCACACUGAUUGCAUUGAAAAAUGGCUGAAAGUUCAAACAACGUGCCCAAAUUGCUACCAAAUUCUUGUGGUGUCUGCCAAUUUGAAAACUGAAGGAUACUGGGUGGUACAAGAUUCCUCUGUAGAAAUGUGGAUAUCCAUCGACACUGAGCCUCGAUAUUUGAUGCGUUCGAAUGAAUGA